ACUUUAUAUGACUAAUACAAAUGGGUAAGGACUGAGGAGGCGAGAGCGAUCGCUCUUGGAUAGUUCAAAACUAGAAUACGCUCACAUAGUGUUAAACCCAUGAUUCAUGAAGAUGGGCAAUAAAAAAAAGCAGGUUAUUGGCUAAAUGAUGGCUUUUACAGUUUGACCCAGUGCACACCAUGGCGUCGUCAAAUGAGGAUCACAGUGCAGGCUGCCAGCUGCUUCAUGAUGAGAUGGAAGGCAUCUGUGUACUUCCAGAAAUAGCCAGUGUAAAACCAGAGCAUCAGAUGGCGGAUGAUGGAAACCCCCAAAAUGUGGCGAUGGGCAUUAAAUUCAUUUUGCCCAACCGCUUUGACAUGAAUGUUUGUUCCCGGUUUGUAAAGUCACUUAAUGAAGAAGACAGUAAAAACAUUCAAGACCAGGUCAACUCAGAUUUGGAAGUAGCGUCUGUGCUGUUUAAAGCGGAAUGCAAUAUUCAAACUUCUCAGUCACCAGGGAUACAAGUGAGACAUGUUUAUACUCCUUCAACAACAAAGCAUUUUUCUCCAAUCAAGCAGUCAACAACUUUGACUAACAAACAUCGUGGCAAUGAAGUAUCUUCUACACCCUUACUUGUACAUUCUUUGUCAAUUCAUCAGCUAGCAGCUCAAGGGGAGAUGGUGUUCCUCGCCAGCCGUAUUGAACAAGAAGCAGUAAUUAAUCUACAGGAUGAAGAAGGUUUCACACCACUGAUGUGGGCAGCAGCUCAUGGACAAAUAGCUGUUGUGGAAUUUUUACUUCAGAAUGGAGCUGAUCCUACCAUUCUUGCAAAAGGAAGAGAGAGUGCGUUGUCACUUGCCUGCAGUAAAGGAUAUACUGAUAUUGUGAAGAUGCUAGUAGAAUGUGGAGUGGAUGUCAAUGAAUAUGACUGGAAUGGAGGCACUCCUUUGCUGUAUGCUGUUCAUGGAAAUCAUGUUCGGUGUGUGGAAAUCCUUUUAGAAAAUGGAGCCGAUCCAACAAUUGAAACUGAUUCGGGAUUCAAUGCGAUGGACAUGGCAGUAGCAAUGGGACAUAAAAAUGUUCAACAGGUGAUGGAAGGCCAUUUGCUAAAGCUGCUGCAAGGUAUCAAAGAAUGACUGUGAAAAGGGUGGAACUCCUGUUGUAAACUUGAAUUGUACAUAUCAAGGUUUGAUUUGGUAAAAAUGUCUGUAUUUUCUUUGGAAGAAAAUCACAGUUAAUUUUUUAUUCAUGUAUAUACAGGUAUAUAUAUAAUUAUAUGGGCAACUUAUUUACCAUAACAUCAGAAUUUUCAGAAUUGCUACUAAGAGUUAGUCACUGUAGUAGAAACUAAACACUGCCAUUUUGGGUUUCUUUACGUUCUGAGGGCAAAGUGUAAUACAAUUCAACUGUCACUAAUCUGGCAUCGUUAGGACCUGUGAGGUGCCAUUUUGGUGACUUUGCCGGAUCACCGAUGGUUGGAGUCACAAUAUAGUAUACCCAAAAUCUGUAUCAGCUCCCUGUAUUAGAGUACAUCUCAUUGGGAUUGUAGACUUGUUCAGGUCUUAACUUUUCAUCAGAAACUAAUUUGGCUAAGUUGCUGUCCACUGAAUGUUUUUCACCAUACACGGCAUGAAACUUUAAACUAUUUUGCUGCUUUAAACAUUGAAACCAACCUUCACUAUAAUCGCACUCAAAAUCUAGUCCUAAUUUUGCACUUGGUUCCUUCACCAGAUCUCUACAUAGCUCAGCACCUUCACUUAUGCAGAGCUUAGACCAUGUUAUCAGCACUUCACCAGUUUUGAACUUUAUUCAUCUUUCAUCAUUUCUUUUUUUUUGAUCUACUGUUAACAAAGAACUGGAGCAAUUUUUCUUUAUGUCUCUUCAUAACAUACACUGACAAAGUGCCAGUAUUUUAUAAUUCACACAAGCUUCUCACAGACACACCGCUGUCAAGAUUUUUCUUUAUAUGUUAUGGACAAUGUGGUGUUUGUACUUUAUACAACAAGAAUCAGUUCAUGUCUUGGAACCAUGGCUGGGGCUAAAUGUGAGUGGGUUAUAAUAAUAAAUGCAAAAAAACAAGUACGAGUGGUUUGCACGAACAGCUGAUCGUGCAACCAAAAAAGUAAUGGCAGGUUGGCAACGUGCCAACCCGUGAAAUUUGAAAUUACGCUUGUGCAAAUUAUGUUCGUAUUAGUGGUGGUACCGGAUUACCAGUGGCCAGAUUAGUGAUGGUCGCCAAUCUGUAUCAGAUACUGUUAAUAAGUUCUAUAAAGGGCUGCAAUGUGGUGUGGUUGCAAUGUGUUGAUGCAUGUGUGCUACAUAGAAUGGUCUAAUGACUCUGUCUGUAGUUCCCUUAUGAACUGAAGAUGUUAUGCCAGUUAAACUAGUUGAUUCCAUUUUAGUGCAAUGAUCAGAUCAUUCAAAUGAUCUUAAAAUAUUUCCAUCCUAAAAUAAUUCAUAAUAUUGAUACGUAAGGAAAAAUUAAUUGUAUGUCGCAGUUUUCAUUUUAAUAGAACGCAUUGUUUUAUAUCCAUACAAUUACUGUAACUAUAGAUCUACAAAUGAAGCUAAAAACACAGCUCUGUCAAAUGAGUUUGUAGAUUGCACACCUCCAAGUCUAGUAUUCUGUGGCAAACUGUUCAAUGAAUUACUUACACUUGUUUCCUGCACUAAAAAGACAUAACAGCUGGUGCACUCUGUUGCUCACCUUUUCUUUUUCCCAUAAAAGACACUGAUGAUUGAGACACCUUUGUGUCUCUCAAGUAUACUCUUUCUCUCACCUUGCAGCCUGUAUGUUUGAUCAACAGCUUGCUCAGAUAUUUGCGGCACAGGAGCAUUUUCAUCAGACAUACAAAAUGGUUCAGUUUAGUGGAUUCAUUUAAAGAAAUGUUCAAAUGACAGAAACAUUCAUGAUUAUUUGUUGUAGUUGGCCAUUAUCAAGAUCUGGUAUUAGCACAAGUUAAGGUUACAAAUAAGUUUCUAAAUAAUAACGUAGGCAUCUUUUAAUGAUGAGGGAACCAUAGCUGGAGAAUAAUCAAGUUAACCUCAUGGUUGUGAGUCCUGUUUGUAGUAGGCCUGAGCUUAUUAUAAAAGCAGCAUCUUCUUACCUUUUUUCAGCACACAUGGGUUAGUUAUGGAGUACUGCUCAGUCCAGUUGUCUUAAAGGUCUUCAACAACUUGUUGAAAAAAAGAAAAAAAAAUGAGGCUGGAGUAUUUUCCCCUCGGCAACAAUACUAUAACUAUUUACUGCUAAUUAUUUUUAGCAGGUGAAAAAAACAUAUUUUUCUCCCAGAAUAAUGUCAUAUUAAAGGCUUAGUUAUUUUAUUUGGAGUUGGCAUGCUUCAUGCUCAGUGGACAGAGCAUCUGCAAAAAUUUUUCUGCGUUGUUUGUAAUUAUUGAGCGUGUGAAAUUAGCCUGAAAGCAGAUCUAAAGCUAGUCUUAUUUUAAAAGUUCAUAUUUAUUGAUCUAUAUACAAAGAUUUUGCAGUGUUUUUAUUAAAUACAGUAUAUGUGUGGUACUGUUAUUAAAAUUCAUGUUGAAUAUUUGAUAUAGUUUACUACUUUUAUUGUGUUAUUUAAUAGUAGUGACUUAUUUAUUUUUAUUUUUGUAUAGUGUUUUUAGGUUGUAUCCAUGUGAUGGUAUUUCUGUCAAGUUUUCCUUAGUGCAAUAUAGUAAACAAAGUUUGAUGAAUUCAAGAAGACAUUUUGUGCAAAUGUUACAUAUGUUUAUUGUGCUUAUUUAGUAAUUCUUGUAUUUCACUUUCCUGAUAACAAACACAUAAUGUGAUUUAUCUUUUACAAUGAAAACAUCAACUCCUUGCAAUAAAGAGCAACUUUGUGUCC